ACCUAAGAACUGUGAUUAGAGUGUUCGAUGAACCGAACGUGUAGCAUGUUUUUGGAAUGUGGCAGAACACCCUAACGCCGCACUGGAAGGCCAAAGUCCAGAUUUGAAUCCUGAAUCUCAGAAGUUUGAGACAGAUUUGACAGACACACUGACUUUAUGAAAUCAUAAAAAAAAAGGUAUUUUGGUGUUUUGAUCACCUUAUUUUUGGAAAGAAACGCACCAUUUCUUGUAAACCAUUUUUACAUUUACAAACAUUUAUUUAUCCAUCCAGGUAAGACAUUGACAAUGUUUAUACUGUCUUUCCUAUUAAUGUAAUGUUGUCUUCUUUGAACAAAAAGAAAAAUAGAAGUUUAUAACUUACUACCUACUCCAAAGGGUUUGAGGUGUCCAACUUUCACAUGUUUUAGUAAACUACUUUUUGUUCUCUAACAAGAAGGUGAAUGGCAAAAUUGACGUUUUUCCCCAAGUACACCCAUUUAUUAAAAGUUUUUUAAACAGUAAGGUAUAUAAUUUUAAAAUUCGUAGGAAAUAAAUCGUCAUGCAAGAGGACAUGAUGCAGUAUUUUUUCACUCCUGCGACAUUUUUUAUGGGGUCGUUUUGGGGUGUAAUGUGUCUCCGGUACUGUUGAGGGCGCUGCUCUCCGCCACGCCUCCACUGCCUUAAAUCCGUGACGUGGAUUUUCAUUCAGAGUCCGAGUAGCCCCCAAACAUUCUCCUUACGGCGCCUCAAAACCUCUUUUUACGUCACUUUUGUUACAUUUACAACAAAUAGCUGUUUUUUUGUAGCUUGCGACGCUUUCGACAGUUUUUACACGACGCAAAGCACAGGUAGACAAAAUGAGUAAAAACACCAAAGUGUGGAGUUUGAAAGAUAAAAUAAGCGAUAACGAGAUGGAUUUGAGUCUGUGUAACCUCUCCGAGGUGCCCGUCAAGGAGCUGGCUUUAUUCACCAAAGCGACUAUUUUGGACUUGUCCUGCAACAACAUCACCUCCCUGCCGCCCGAGUUCUGCAACCUGACCCACUUGGUGAAGCUGGACCUGAGCAAAAACCAGCUGACCUGUUUGCCGGACGACCUAGGGAACCUAGCUGGUCUGCAGCACUUGGACUUGUACAACAACAAGCUGAUCAGCCUGCCCGUCAGCUUCUCUCAGCUGCGGAGUCUGAAGUGGUUAGACCUCAAGGACAAUCCCCUGGAUGCAGGCCUGGCCAAGGCGGCGGGAGAUUGUCUGGACGAGAAGCAGUGCAAACUGUGUGCCACCAUGGUUCUCAAGCAUAUGCUGAUGCUUCAGGAUGAGGCCGACCGUGCACGAGAAAAGCGACUUUUGAGGGAAAAAGAGCUGGAAAAGAAGCGAGAGGCCAAGAAGCGGGAACGCGAGGCCCGAGAGAAGGAGGCACGUAAGCGGGAGAAGGCCGAGGAGAAGGAGAAGCGGCGGAAGGAAUACAACGCCCAGAUGGCCGCCGCCACCGCCGCUGCUCAGGAACAGCCGAAGAAGAGGACCGAGGAGAGGAAGAGCAAGAAGAAGAAUGGACAGGUCUCAGAGAAGAAGACCAAGGUGGCGAGGGCGGCAUCUAAGCCUCGCCGCUCACUGCUCGGCGUGGUCUUCAAACUCUUCCUGCUACUGCUGCUCGGCGUGGCCGUUGCCGUCGUCGCCUGCCGGAUGACGGAGCUACGGCGGGAGGACGUGUGCGUGCCGCUAGACGCUAUCCUGGACCGGGGCCUGGCCUGGGCCCGCGAGCGAGAGGGCGAGGUCCGCCGGCUGCUAAGUGACCUUUCCUCUGCCGUCAAGGACUUCCUGGAAUCAAUGCAGACGUCCAAAAGCUAAAACUGGGAUUUUAAAGAUAAUCUUCUCAUUAAGAUGGCUGUCGCUGCUUCUCAUUCAUGCAGAAAGACAAAAGGGGGGAGGGGCACACGUGUGAAAAUUCCUAUGGAAUUGUCGCCGCUCUUUGUACAACCGCCUCUUUUUAAAAAAAAUGUCUUUGUCUUCUCACGCCACUUUGCGGCGUUCCUCUCGCCAUGAAAUAAAUGCGCUGACUCCA